AAGUGUGUACGAUAGUAUAGGCAUAAGGCAUAGAAUAUUGACAUUAUGACUUAUUGGAAAGAUACUUGUUGAAUUAAUAUUUAUCUUUUAAUUGCAAAAUUUUAUAAAUCAUAAUAUAACUUGAAGAUAAAUGUGUAUUGAUUGAAAUAUUAAUUACUUUCAUUUUCAUUAAUCGGAACGAACCGUCUCUUAUCAAUUGGAUUAAUAUCAACUGAAAAUAUCUCGUGCAAAAGGUGUCACCUUUUUACAAUUGAUAAGAGGCUGCUGCGCAGUAACAUAUUGCAAUCCAUAGAAUACAAAAAUACUCGUUAAGUUUUAAUAUCAUUGUGUUUUGCCAUUUAAAAAGAAAAAAUAGAAGAUGGUUUUACGGCACCACGUAGAGGGAUACGAGAAUUUUUUCAAAUUUAUGAAAAAUUUCAAAUCUAAUGAAUCAGUAUACGUACUUUAUAGUGGUAAAAAACUUCCUAAUGGCAAAAGUUGGUGCCCAGACUGCGUAGAAGCGGAACCUUUCAUAGAAGAUGGGUUUAAAACAGCUCCAGAAUCAGUACACUUGGUUGAAGUUGAAGUUGGAGAUCGACCAUUUUGGAAGGAUUUGAAUUGUCCAUUUCGAACAAACUCUGUUACAAAGUUAAGAGUACUGCCAACCUUAGCAAAAUGGAAUACACAAAAACGUCUAGAAGGUGAUCAAUGUCAAAAGAUUGACUUGAUUGAAAUGUUACUUACCGAUGAAGAUGACUAAAUAAUUCAAUUUCGUAUGCUACAGCAGUGAAACUUAAGAUGAGCAGUUUUGUAAGUCACUAAACAAUGAAUUUUUUACUAAAUGUUAUUUCGUUAUAAGUAAUAUAGUAAACAAUCAAUUUUGUACUCAGAGUGAUCUCUUACAAGAUUAGGAGAUAUAGAACUAUCUUAUAAUCGUAUUGUAAUAGUAUCUUACUUUAGUCGAAUUACUUACAUAUGUCUUCUUAUAAGAAUUCCCUUUUUUUUACAAAUUAUUUCAACAUAUACAAUUACCACAAAUAUAUAUAUACCAUAAAUAUAUAUAAUAAUAUCAUUAUAAUUAUCACAAAUAAAACAAGAACUACAUUUUGUAAUGUGCAACUAAGCAUGUAGAUAAAUUUUUAAACAAUUAAAAAAGAAAAAGAUUAGCGAUAACAUAAAAGCAUUGACUUCUUUUAAUAUUAAUUACACUGUAUAGAAUGUAUUUUUCAGAGAGAAUAUUUUCUAUAAUAUAUUAUUAUUCUAAGUACAUUAA